GCAUCCCACACCACUAUCGAAUACCGAUAUGCACCGAUAGGCACCGAUAAGCACCGAUAGGCUCAGUUGUAUAACCUCUGCUCGCAAAUAUUUUUUACAGGCAACUAGCAGCUCGAAUUCCGUGCAAAUAAACCUUAAGAAAUGGCUGGCGAAGGCGAGAAACUGACCGGCCUGUCGAAAAUCUUCAAUGGCCAAACCAUGAGCGGCCGUGCAAAUGUGGCCAAGGCCACGUACGCCGUGGUGGGACUGCUGAUCGCCUACCAGGUGCUGAAGCCCAAGAAGAAGUAGAGGGAUGCGUCUGCACCAAUUCUGCUGCAACUCAUCCGCCACAACCGAUGUCUUGGAUCCGGGAAUGCGUGGACCCAGGGCCAUCGCUGGAUUCCGGAUCAGUUUAUUUUAUGUGUAGUGCAAGACCUUGAAGGAAUAAAUAAGCUGAGAAUGUAACACACUGAA